CUGUGACUACGCGUGGCUGCAGGGACCUCGCCUGGCUCCGUGGUGGCAGCCUGAUGGACGUGGUGUCUCCCUGUGAGGACAGCACAGAGCUGCAGGAUCAGCCGUGAGCUCAGCACGACCACCAACACAUCAGCAAGGCCAGCAAUUUCAAGGUGCCAGAGCAGCUCCUCUCUUUCCUGGCAGUAAUGGGCAGCAGGCUGCAGACCUGGUGCAGAAUACCUCAUCCCUGGAGCGGGGGCCAAGUGUCAGCCGUGGCGCAGAUCCAGAGCAGCUCGGGGGACACCUGUGCUGCUGCCCUCCUCUGCUGGGGUCCAGAUGCAGCUUGGUGCUGCCCAGGGCAGUGGUGUUACGACUCGCAGGACCCCCAGUGUGGGCCCAGCCACUGGAAGGAGCUGAAAGCCUCAUGUGAUGGCAACAAGCAGUCCCCUGUGAACAUCGACAGGCGUCGGCUGCAGCGGGACAGUGGCCUCGGGGACAUCCUCUUUGAGGGCUACGACCAGGCUCCCCCCGGCAAGUGGAAGCUGACAAACAAUGGGCACACAGUGAUGCUGAGCCUGUCGAGUGAGUCGGCCUCUGAGCACAUCACCAUCAGUGGUGGGGGCCUCCCCGGCAGGUACCGCGCACUCCAGCUCCAUUUCCACUGGGGCAGUCCAGCUGGGAAUGGCUCUGAGCACACCCUUGAUGGGCACCAGCUCCCUAUGGAGCUGCACAUCGUCCACAUGAAUGUCAAGUACCGGACACUGGCAGAGGCCAAGGGACAUCCCAAUGGGCUGGCUGUCCUCGGCUUCUUCUACCAGGUCUCUGAAACCCCUAACACCAACUACAACACCAUCGUGGUGGGGCUGAGAAACGUCUCCCAUGCUGGGGACUCCGUGGAUUUGGCCUCCACCUUCCGCCUGAGCACACUGCUGCCGCGGGCCGGCCGGCUCUCCGGGUACUACCGCUACCAGGGCUCCCUCACCACCCCCGACUGCAGCGAGGUUGUUGUCUGGACUGUCUUCGAGGAGCCAGUGGAGAUCGGCAGGGAGCAGCUGCAGGCGUUUGUCAGCACCCUCCACUUCCCACCUGACGGAUCCAGGCUCCUAAAAAUGAUCAACAACUUCCGCCCGCCACAGCCCCUCCACAGCCGGAAGGUCUUUGCCUCCCGGGGGGCCACGGCCAGUGGUGGGUCCCUGCAUGGGGGCCACCACGAGCUCCUCUCAUCUCUGCUCCUCCUGGCCCUGCUCAGCCUCUUCUCACCAGCCCCAUAGGGUCUGGUCCAGCCUGUCACCAGUCUCCAUAUGAGCAUCACCCUGCUGCAGUGGAAAUGAGGAGGUGAUGUAUCUGGUUCAUGGAAAAUGAGAAAAAAACAACAAAAAGCAUGUCGAGACCUUGGCUGGGUGAGGAUUUUGUGAAUCUGGAUCUCUGCAGAGGUGGAUCCCUGCAAGCCUGGAGCCACCCUGUAGCCAGGUGGUGGGAGCUGCUGGGAGGGCAAGACUGUAGGGGCUGGAAUAAAGCCAAGGUCCUCGCCA